GCGCGCGCUCUUAAAGGCGCCGGUAGCCGCGCGCGGGGGUCGCCGAGGGGGGGUCGCCGGCUGCGGAGGGACAAUGCUGUGUGAGUCAGAUGCAGGGAUGGCACUGGCAGAACCAGUCCCCACAGCUCGUUUGAAUUCAGAUCCUCAAGGGAACUGUGAGGUGUCUCUGGAUGAUGUGCUGCUCAGCUCUUCAACCAGAACUGCUGAGGCCCAGAGCACUGAGACAGCUGGAGAAUCUCAGACACAGGGAUGUCAGAGAGACAUGGCUGGUCCCAAAGCAGCCUCUUCACCUCCUGCCUCCAGUGUGUGGACGACACAAAGGGAUGGAGAGGUCAGGCUGAGGAUGGAUGAGCAGGGCAUUGGCAGUGAGGCACCAAAGACUGUUCAUGAGCUGUUCCAGGAAGCUGCUAGAAAAUACGGUGAUUGCUAUGCCCUUGCAUCCAAAAAGGGCGGCCAGUGGAUCAAACUAACGUACCAGAUGUACUAUGAUGAGUGCUGGAAAGCAGCAAAAAGCUUUCUGAAGCUGGGGCUGGAGCGUUUCCAUGGAGUGUGCAUCUUGGGCUUCAACUCUGCAGAGUGGUUUAUUGCUGACAUUGCAGCUAUUUUUGCAGGGGGAUUUGCUGUUGGUAUCUACACCACAAACUCUCCUGAGGCCUGUCAUUACAUAGCAGAGAGCUGCAGUGCUCAUGUUCUGGUUGUGGAAAACCAUAAACAGCUGCAGAAAAUCUUAGAAAUUCAGCAUAAACUGCCUCACCUGAAAGCCAUUGUCCAGUAUGGGGAAGAGCUGAAAGAGAAGAGACCCAAUCUGUACUCUUGGAGUGAGUUCAUGGACCUUGGUAAAGAUGUUCCAGAUGCUCAGCUGCGUGAAAUCAUCGAGUCUCAGAAGCCAAACCAGUGCUGUACACUGAUCUACACCUCAGGGACAACAGGCCAGCCCAAGGGAGUGAUGCUCAGCCAUGACAAUCUGACGUGGACAGCGGCGGCGGCCGGGCGCUUCAUCAUGCUGACGGACGCCAGGGAGAGGCAGGAGCUGGUGGUCAGUUACCUGCCCCUCAGCCACAUCGCUGCCCAGAUGAUAGAUAUUUGGUCAGCAAUCACAGUUGGGGCCCAAGUUUUCUUUGCUCAACCAGAUGCACUGAAGGGCAGCCUGGUGGCCACGCUGCGGGAGGUGAGGCCGACGGCCUUCCUGGGAGUGCCUCGUGUCUGGGAGAAAAUGGCAGAGAAGAUGAAAUCUGUGGGUGCAAAAUCCUCAGCCCUCAGAAGAAAAGUGGCAGCCUGGGCCAAGGGAGUGGGGCUGCAGACAAACCUGAAGCGGAUGAACGGGUCCUCGGACGUGCCGCUGAAUUUCCGCUUAGCCAGGCACUUGGUGUUCAGGAGAGUGCGCAGGGCCCUGGGGCUGGACCGCUGCACAAAGUGCUACACAGGGGCUGCUCCCAUCACCAGGGAGACUCUGGAGUUCUUUUUAAGUCUGAACAUUCCUGUGUUGGAGCUCUAUGGCAUGAGUGAGAGCUCUGGGCCUCACACAAUCUCUCUACCUCACGCCUUCAAGCUCACCAGCUGUGGCAAGACAAUCACAGGCUGCCAGACACUGAUCCAUAAGCCAGAUGGAGAGGGCAAUGGGGAGAUCUGCUUCUCAGGAAGACACAUCUUCAUGGGCUACCUGAACAUGGAGGACAAAACCAGAGAGGCAAUUGAUGAAGAGGGCUGGCUGCACUCAGGGGACCUUGGCAAGCAUGAUAAAGAUGGAUUCCUCUACAUCACUGGCAGAAUUAAAGAGCUUAUCAUCACUGCAGGAGGUGAGAACGUGCCUCCAGUCCCGAUUGAGGAUGCUGUGAAAGAUGCUGUUCCCAUCAUCAGCAAUGCAAUGUUGGUUGGAGACAAAGCAAAGUUCCUUGCUAUGCUUCUGACCCUAAAGUGCAAUGUGGAUGCAGAAAGUGGUGCUCCAGGGGAUGAGCUCACUGCAGAGGCUGUUGAAUACUGUCAGAAACUGGGCAGCAAGGCCACCAAAGUCUCUGAAAUCAUCAGCACCAAGGACAAAGCUGUCUACACAGCCAUCCAGAAGGGAAUUGCAGCAGUCAAUGAGAGAGCUGUCUCCAACGCCCAGAAAGUCCAGAAGUGGGUCCUUCUGGAGAAGGACUUUUCUCUCUUUGGUGGAGAGCUUGGCCCAACCAUGAAGCUGAGGAGACCAGUGGUGACACAGAAGUACAAGGACCGAAUCGCUCAGCUCUACCUGGACGCGGAUCCGGCCGCGGCCUCAGCGGCUGCUCUGCGGCAGUGACGAGGCUCCUGGCCCCGGGCUGGGCUCCUGCUGCAGUCCCUGAGCCUCCAGCACUGCCUGCCCUUCUGCCCUUGGCUCUUCCCUGGUGUGCUGAGCACCUCUGUGCCCGUGGCUCCCUCUGUGGAGGUGUUCCUGAAGCCCUCUGCUCUGUGUGGUUGUGCCUGUCCAUAAGGGCAGGACGUUUACUUUAAAUCCAUGUCACAUGUUCUGGUUUAACCAAAGGUUUCUUUUCCUCAGCUGAAUGUCCAACAAUCAGGAACUGCAGUUUUGUUUGCAGAUGUCUUUUUAUAGCAGCAUCCUUCCCCCCCUGCACACUGAACAGGGUGAUAACAAGCUGAGCUGCUCCGGGUGUCUUUCAGCCCCAAAGCGCCUCGGUCAGCGGUGCCUGUGCCCCCUGCCUCAGCGUGCCUGUGGGACCUCACCUCUGCUGGGUUUGUCUGUGCAAUAUUUUUUGAGUUUGUUUUAUCUUCCUGAGUUACAAUGAAGCCAUAACUUGUGUUGUUCAAGCAGUUAAAGCAGUCGAGACAGGCUGCUGUGUUGUGGGAGGGACGGGCUGUGAAGCUGUGUGUGUGUCUGUGUGUGUGAAGUCCUUGGCUGUAGUUCUACAAUCAUCCUGAAGCUGGGGGAACUCCAGAGCAGGUUGGGCUUGGCUGGGACAUUGUACCUGUGCUGGGGGAGAGGAGAUGGGGCUGGGAAUGUGGCUGUUUCUUCUGCACUCUGUGACCAAAGGCCCUUUCUCUCCUUGUCCUCCUGAACCCUGGGGCUCACCCUCUCCGAGGCUGGGCCAGGGCCAGCAGCUCCUGAAGGUUCCUUCUGCAGGGUUCUGCCAGGCUCCCUCCAGUCUGCCCAGUGCCUGAAGGACUGGUAAAAAGAAGGAAUAUGUAUUUUUGGCUCAUAAAAUGGCUUAUUUCAAACUAGAAAUGAUGAUCUGAGCCCCAGGGGUGCAGCCCCAUGCUGGGGUUCUGAGGGACCUUCCCCAGGCCCAGGGGGGUGGCACAAAGCAGGAGCUGUGCCAGGGGCUUCCCCAGCUGGGCCAGUGCUGAACCCAGAGCUCAGUAUCAAACCAGGAGCCAGACACCUCAGCAGGAUGAAGCCUAAACCUUUGUAAGCUGCUCUGGGCUCAGUGUCCCUCCUGCUGCCCCCAGCACCUGUAUGGGGGUGGGGGGCUGCACUACAAAGCUUUGUGCUCAGAAGCUUGAGGGUUUGAAAUGUCUCCUGUGUUCAAAGGAAUGCUUAAUAAAUAAAUAGCAACUCUGCA